CUCAGGAUAGACAUAUGUCUGGUUUGCGUUUGUAACAGGAUGUUUGGCUAUUCUUAUAUCCGAUAUCUCCACAUUCCCCUGGUCCUGACUCGAAGUGCAUUUCUCCAAACAUGUGGUGCAUGUCAAUGUUGCGAAUUGGGCCGAAGCGUCAUCAGAGUCGAGGAACCAGCGCGCCGGAAACCACAAAACUUUGGAAAUCCAGGGACCUCGAGUUGUGACCUCAUUGUUUCUUUUCAAUCAGAUCGCGUACCUACGCUAUCCCAGUGCUUUCCACCAACUGCAAGACGAGGCUCUGCCGAUCGUCCCACUGACUGACGGCCGAAUCAGAAGCAGGGCCCGUCCCGGCUCCGGGCUAGCACUAGCGACGGGACUCGGUGCCGCUACUCCGCUAGUGACCUAGCCUCACGGGUCUCACCGGAUCCUGUUAAAUAUCUUUGUGCUUCCUCAACUUUCACCUCCUCCGUUUUCUUCC